ACCAGCAGCAUUUUAGAAAAUUAGGGCGUGGUUCUCUAGACUAGUGACAAAAUAAUAGUCAAAUAGCCUAAACGAUAAUGGCUAGCAUUAACGUGCUACACUUCCUUUCCGCUUUGUUGUGCGCCCUUCAGUUGAGUGGAUGUCAAUGUGCUAAUAUUAUAACAGUACAGCCAGUCUCUAUCAAUACAACACUCAACUCUACUGUUUACUUUUGCUGCGAAGCUGCUGCUCAGUACCUUUACUUUAAUGUUAAUGGUACACUAGCAAGUAAUGUAGGUGUCAUGGCUAAAGGAUUCUUUGGAACAACUACUGCUGGUGUUAAUGAUAUUAAAGUCGGACAUCUAGAAGCAGAAGCUUAUGAUUAUAAUAAUAACACUAAUAUUACCUGUACAGCUUUCAGUCAAUUUCCAUUAGAUUCAAAUGCAGAAGCAAGUGCACAAACCAGUGGCAUUGCAGUAUUAAUGAUUCAAGGUCUAUUGGAUGAUGUUGGAAAUCUGAAUUGGACCACUAUUAAUUGUUCCAGUGUAUUAAUAACAUGGACACCUCCUUAUACACUGGAUAACGUACCUAUCACUGGAUAUCUUGUAAAUGAGAUAGAGCAGAGCAAUGCUACUAAUAUUACACUAUCAACUGAUCCUGAACACUCCAAAUUGUAUACCGUAUCAGUUUCUGCUAUUAAUGAUGUUGGGAUAGGCUCAUCUAAUUAUAUCAGUUUUUAUUAUCCAACAGGUUAGCAUAAUUAAGGUUUUAUAUAUCUUCAUAAUA